GGAAAAAAGUUUAUGUGUUUAUUAAACACAAAAUUUACAUGACUCGAACGAAGUACGUACAGAACCAGAAGAAGAAACAGCUGAGAAGAAUUCCAACUGGAUCUGGUCAAACAGGAAGAGAAGUGAAUUCCAAAGCAUAAUUUACUCUAAAUCAACUAAUGUCUUCAAAUGAACAGGUUACAACACCAAGGUAUCGUGGAUCGGAGCACCUUAAAUGUAGACAACGAUACAGAAUGUCGAAACAGAGUGACCUGGAUGCGACCCCCUUAGCGUAAGGGCCGAAAAACUUGCUUGUGAAGAUCUGAAAAAAUACUUGACACCGGUUCCACAUAGUUCUCUCCCCUUAGUUUAUAAAUUCUCUUGGCAUGUUUAUGCUAUUUGAUCGCGUAACUUUGUUUAUAUAAUAUUAAAUCUCAAUGUGAAUAAUGUCAAAAUCGUUUUGCUUUCUGAUUAGUCUUUAAAGAUGCUUCAGAAAUUCACCUCACUGUCUAUGAAACCAUUUUUGAAAAAAGUUCCCAUAUCUUCGGCCAUUAAUUGUUGUUCAUAUUCAGUAUUUAAGUCUUUACAAAGAACCCCCAGAAAGCUUUUAGAAACAAAUUUAGCCAAUUUUUAUUCGAGGCAUUUGUCAUAUUUAUCUGAAGAAUAUUUCUCAAGUUAUUCAAAUGCUUUCUUUAGAAGAUGCUUUCCAAAAAGCUCCAGUGGUUUCAGGGCAUCUCGUUUAUUUUGUAAUCAAAUAGUUAAUAGGUGUAAGAUUGAUGAUAGAAUAAAAUCACAUCCAUUUACCUCAGAUGUAGGGAAUUCUUCAGUUAAAAAGCUGAAUAAUGUUAAACUGUUUCAUCUGAAAUCUCGGGGCCUAAUUCAGCUUGCUGGCACAGAUACUUCUAGUUUUCUACAAGGCCUUAUUACAAAUGAUAUGGAGCAGUUUCAGACAGACAAUAAAAGAACAAUGUAUGCCAUGAUUUUGAAUGUUCAGGGCCGCAUUCUCUAUGACAUUUUCAUCUAUGCUCUUCCUAACCAAUCUUCAGCUUUCUUCCUGGAAUGUGAUACCAGUAUUAUUAAUGAUGUAACAAAACUCCUAAAGAGAUACAAAAUUAGGAAAAAGGUUUCUAUUGAAAAUACUGAAGACAAAUUUCAAGUAUGGGCUUCAUUUAGUCCUCCUUUAGCACUUUCAAACUUAUUGUCAUCUGAAAAGAAUUCAAAGGUUGAAAUUUGUGAGCCUGAUCCUAGAAUUCAAGACUUUGGUUCCAGAUUAAUUUUACCUCAUGAUACUUCUUGUGUAUCAGAUCCAGAAGAGGAAUAUCACAUAAGACGAUAUGAAAUGGGUAUUGCUGAAGGAACAUCCGAUCUCCCUCCAGGCAGCUGCUUUCCUUUAGAAAGUAAUCUGGUAUUUUUAAAUGGUGUGAGUUUCCAAAAAGGUUGUUACAUUGGACAAGAACUUACUGCUCGGACUCACCAUAGAGGAGUUAUUCGAAAACGCCUCAUGCCUAUUUUCUUCCAAAGCGAGCCCGGAGAGAUUAUGAAAGACAAGCCAAUUGUUGAUUCUACAGGGAAAAGUAUUGGCAAAUUUCGAGGUAACAUUGGAAAACAUGGCUUAGCUUUAUUGCAAUUGAAACCUGUUCUACAGAUUCAAGAUGGAUAUUUUGAUUUGGACAAUCACAAAGUGAAAGCUAAAAUACCUGCAUGGUGGCCAAAUCUGAAUAUUUAGCAGUUUGAAGAAGCUAAUUAAAUAUCUUACUAAACCCAGAUGUACCUAACCAUCAGAAAUUAUAAUAAUUUAUUAAAAAUAUGUUUGAAUAUCU